AUGACCAAUGGUGUUCUCCCAGAAUAUUCUCCGAAUGCGAACACAGCGAAAGACGUCAAAGACCGCAAAUCCGUCGAAGAAACUCCUUCUUCCGCCAAGUCUACGAAUACCACAACAAGCCAGGUAGAUAUCCAGGAUGAGGAUGCGAGGUUGUUGGCUAGGAUCGGCUACAAGCAGGAAUUGCGGCGUGAAUUCACCAAAUGGUCCACAGUCUCAUACGCCAUCUCUGUACUUGGAGUACUAGGAUCGCAACCAGCGACAUAUGGCGUUCCGAUCAGUGUUGGAGGUCCAGCAACUGCGGUAUGGGCAUGGCUGAUCGGAUCGUUCAUGGCUUAUGCUAUUGCCAGUUCAGUCGCUGAACUGGUCUCGGCAUACCCGACCGCUGGAGGCAUGUACUUUGUCACCAAACAUGUCGUCCCCGAAGAGCAUGUCGCCAUCUGGGCCUGGAUCAUCGGCUGGUGUAAUUUCCUUGGUCAAGCAUGUGGAGUUGCUUCACUGGCAUACACUAUCGGCCAGAUGAUCCUCGCUGGAGCAAGCAUGAACUCUGGCUUGCUGGGCGACGGCUACCAAUAUUCUCCCAAACCCUGGCAGACGGUCCUCGUAGCCCUCUUCGCCCUCACGAUAUUCGGCUGCGUUUGUUCUUUGCCCACCAAGAAUCUCCACCGCAUCAUCCUCUGGUUCGCACCCAUCAACAUCCUCGCUACAAUCGCAAUCUGCAUCGCCCUCCCUCUCUCCACUCCCGACCUCCGCUCCUGGCAAUUCGUCUUCACCGACUUCCGCGCCUCCUCCGGCUGGUCAUCCAUCGGCUUCUCCUUCCUCCUCGGCUUCCUCUCCGUCGCAUGGGUCAUGACAGACUACGACGGCACAACCCAUCUUUCCGAAGAGACGCACGAUGCCGCAGUCCGCGGUCCACUCGCCAUCCGUCUCGCAGUCGCCGUCUCCGGCGCUCUCGGUCUCGGCCUGAACAUCGCCUUUACAUUCUGCCUGCCUCUCGACUACCCAACUUCCAUCCUCGCCUCACCCACCGGUCUUCCUGUCGCCCAACUCUUCCUCAACGCUGGAGGUCCCGCAGGUGGCACAGUAAUGCUCUGCUUCGUCAUCCUCGUGCAGUUCUUCACUGGCUGCUCCGCCAUGCUCGCCAACGCACGCAUGACAUACGCUUUUGCACGGGACGACGCUCUACCCUACUCCUACCUCUGGAGUAAGAUCGACCCUCGUACCGGAACUCCAGUCUACGCCGUGUGGUUCGUCGUCGGCUUUUGCGGAUGUCUAAACCUCAUCGGUCUGGGAAGCACGCAGACCAUUACGGGGAUCUUCAACCUCUGCGCGCCGUGUCUGGACUUGUCAUAUAUCGCCGUCAUUGUAGCGCAUUUGUACUAUUCCCACUGGCAACCGUAUCUCGCUGAGAAGUUUCCCACCCUCGCCUCCUCAACGGCAUCGAAGGUUACGUUUACACCCGGCCCAUACACUCUUCCGGCGUGGAGGAAAAUUCCGACGAAUCUGGUGGCGGUGAUAUGGGUGAUUUUCAUCAGCGUGGUGCUGUUCUUCCCGACGACGAAACCGGUCACGGCGGAGAAUAUGAAUUGGGCGAUUGCGAUUGCGGGUUUCGUUGGGGUGUUUGCCGUAGGGUGGUGGUUUGCUGGGGCGAGGAGGAAAUACGUUGGGCCGAGGACGAAGGAUUUGGGGGUUGGAGAGGGUUGGUCUUAG